CUGCACUAUGGGACCAUCAUGGGCAGCAGAGCGUGUGUCAAAAUGGCAGCAGCUGCCUGGGCCAGUGGGUUUCUCAGUGCGAUGCUGCACACUGCUAACACAUUUGGAGUAACAUUUUGCCAAGGUAACUCCCUGGGCCAGUUCUUCUGUGAAAUUCCCCAGAUCCUCAAGCUCUCCUGCUCAGACUCCUACCUCAGGGAACUUGGGGUUAUUGUGGUUAGUGCCUGUUUAAUGUUUGGGUGUUUCAUCUUCAUUGUGGUGUCCUAUGUGCAGAUCUUCACUGCUGUGCUGAGGAUCCCCUCUGAGCAGGGACAGCACAAAGCCCUUUCCAUGUGCCUCCCUCACCUGGCCGUGGUCUCCCUGUUUGUCAGCACCAUCAUAUUUGCCCACCUGAAGCCCCCCUCCCUCUCUUCCCCGUCUCUGGAUCUGGUGGUGGCUGUUUUGUACUCGGUGGUGCCUCCAGCCACAGAUGAAGCUGACAGCUCAGGUGGCAGUAUAGACCUCUGCACCCUCCACUUGUCAGCAACUUCCAGGUGUCCUGUGCAGUUAAGAGAUGGGAAUAGGGUCUUCCAGAGUGGGACAUUCUCUAAUGAAACCAACCCCUGA